AGGACGCGAGGGUGGCGCCUGCGCACACUGGCACGGCGCGGCAAGAUGGCUGACAAAGAGAAGAAGAAGAAGGAGAGCAUCUUGGACCUGUCCAAGUACAUCGACAAGACGAUCCGCGUGAAGUUCCAGGGAGGCCGUGAAGCCAGUGGAAUCCUGAAAGGGUUCGACCCGCUCCUCAACCUCGUGCUUGACGGGACCAUCGAGUACAUGCGAGACCCCGAUGACCAGUACAAGCUGACGGAGGACACGCGGCAGCUGGGCCUGGUGGUGUGCAGGGGCACAUCCGUGGUGCUCAUCUGCCCGCAGGACGGCAUGGAGGCCAUCCCCAACCCCUUCAUCCAGCAGCAGGACACCUAGCGGGCGGCGCAGCGGGCCGAGCACGGUCUCCGCGACUCGGCUGCCGCCCCCACAGCACCCACUGCCGCUGGAACGGAAGGUCUUUCCUUUUUGUGUAGGUUGAACUUUUGUUUUCUUAAUAAAAUUGCAAACCUCAA